AUGCCAGCUGAUGGGGAUAGCUUGGAAGCGAUGAAAAGGAUGAACACAUCGACAGCGGCAGGACCUUCUGGCUGGACUUACAGUCUAACCAAGGAGGCGUACAAGGUGGAUUCAUUCAAGCACUUUAUGGAUCUGCUAGUGCGUCUAGUCGUACAAGGUACAGCCCCCGCUCAACAGAUGCUCUGUGCCAGCCGACUCAUCCCUCUUGCAAAAUCGGAUGGUGGUGUCCGUCCAAUAGCUGUCGGUGAGAUCUUUUAUCGUCUAGUUAUGAAGGUUGUUAUGCGUACAUAUUUCAAGCCGUCCUGUCUCCAUCCAUAUCAGCUUGGUGUAGGUACAAGUGGAGGCGUAGAGCCCAUCGUGCUUGCGUCGCAACUGCAAGUCGAUAAGGAUGAAGGACAGUACAAAUACAUGAUAUCGUUGGACUUUCGUAAUGCUUUCAACACUAUCGAUAGGAAAGUAUUAGCAUCCGCAACCUUCAAGCAUUUACAGCCAAUCACCAAAGCAGUCAAGUGGGCUUAUAAUCAACCUAGCUCACUCCUAGUCAACGGCGAUGAUACGCAGGCGUCCCUUCAAUCCAGUCAAGGCGUUCGGCAAGGUGAUCCGCUUGGCCCGCUACUGUUUUCGUUAGCGGUGAAGGAUACACUCCAAGACUUACAAAAGAUACUUGGUGAUAGGGCAAUGGUGCUUGCGUAUCUCGACGACGUGUACCUUUUUGCAACCGAGGAUGUCAUGGCAGACGUCGAGGAGUUCUUCGCCAAGGUAACUUGUGGUCUACAGCUUAACCGCUCCAAGUGUUCGGUGGUAUCAUGGGACGAUGUGAGGCAACAUGGGCGCGAGAUCCUGGGAUCCAUGGUCGGGCCGCGUGAAGCACGUGCAGGCUUCCUCCGUUCCAAGACUGCUCAAGUUCGUUCCAAGGUCGAAGCACUAGACGGUGUUCAUUCCCAACAUCAGCUCUUGCUUUUACUUAGAUGCAUUCAAGCAGAGCUACGUCAUUUGCAGCGCAGCCUCAGGACUGAUGACAUGUUGGAGGAAUGGAAUGUGUUGGAUACGCUUCUUCAUGAAAAAGUGAAGAAGUUACGUGGGUCAUCACGUCGUCAAGUCUUGGACACUUGGAUCAUCGGCAUUCCUCAGCGCUAUGGAGGUUUGGGUGUACCGUUACAUUCAGACGUGGCUCCCAUGGCGUAUGCUUCGAUGAUGGAACAAGCUUGCGUUACGUUAGAGGCCAUUUUUCAUCAACGUAGUGGUCCGUAUGAGACUUUAACGCUGCAGCGUCAACGUACUGGAGCUUUUUAUGAGUUGGAAUUCAACAAGAAGUUUGAUACACUUAGCCGGGAUCAGAGGAACGUCGUGCUGGAUAGCCAAUCAAAGCUGGGCCGGAAAUGGUUAUCAACAAUACCAUACAACAAGCAACUGAAGCUUUCGGACACUGAGAUUUCGUAUGCGUUACACAUUCGUACUCUUUGUCCUGGUAAGGAUAACAAUUGCAGGAAAUGUGGCAUGGAGAAUUCUGUAGGCCAUGAUGAUAUCUGUAACUCACGCGAAAACCUUAGGACGGCUCGGCAUGAUUAUGUGAAAGGCCUUCUUAUGAGAUUUCUUGCAGCAGCUCCCGCUUCAACAAUUACUCCUGAGCCAGCUGUAAGAAAUACUCAUUUAAGAACGGACUUUCGGGUAACUGGCCCAGCAGCGUCUAAAGGGAACUCGUGUGAGUACGACCUUACGAUAAUCGCCCCUACAGCCAGUGUGAAGACGGCAGCGACCCACCUCAAGAAUCUUGGCCCAUUGGGUCGGUACAAGAUGGAGCUGUCGUUUUAUGAGCGUGAAAAGGUCAACAAGUACGGGGACCUCACUGAUACUUCCUUUGUUCCGCUUCUUCUCACUGCGGGGGGUUUCGUAACGGAUUCUUCGAAUGAAGUGUUUCAGAAGUGGCGAAAGAUAACGCCGCAUUAUGAAAUGCUUACAAGACUGUUAUCAUUGGGCCUUAUACGCGCAAGGGCAGCGUAUUUUGAGUUCUAA